AUGGCAAAGUAUGUCCAGAGUGCUCCUGUUAGCAAUGAAGCAUUGCAGCACAAGGAGUUUCUCUUGGACAGCUUGUACAUGGAGCAACGUACCGAACUGAAUACCAUGGAGACCAUCAUAUUGGAUUCCAAUCUUCCUCAAAGGUUUGGCUGCAUUGCGGCUACUGAUUACGCCAUAUAUGAUGGCAUUGGCCUCGACAAGAAGCUUGUUGCGCGUGCACAGGGGCUAAAUAUGGCGGUUGGUGCAACAAAUGGAACCUGGUCGUUCUGUUUUAACAUGGUGUUCGUCGAUGAGAGGUUCACGGGCUCUAGCCUUAAGGUGCUUGGAAAUUUGGCAGAACCGUAUGAAGGUGAAUGGGCAAUCCUUGGAGGGACGGGUGAAUUUGCCUAUGCACAAGGUGUUGUAACCUUCAAGAAGAUCCAAGAAUUUGAAAACGGGAAAAGUAGGUUAAGGGAGCUUCAGAUCCGUGCCGUGUGCGUCAAAUUCUCGUCGUCCCUGUCAUUGCCUGUAAAGAUGGGGCCAUGGGGCGGAAACGGAGGCUCCAUUCAAGACAUGACCACAGGAAAACCGAUGCGCCUAGAAAGUGUGACAAUUCAUAGUGACAACAGCUGGAUUGUCUACUCCCUUGCAUUUACUUAUAUUGACAAACUUGGGAAGAGGCGCAAGGAGGGUCCUUGGGGUCCUGACAAAGGAACCAGUCAAACUAUUGAGUUUGGGCCUAAAGAGUAUGUGAGGGAAAUAUCAGGGACCAUUGACACUGUCAUAUCGUCACUUGUUAUCACGACGAACUUCAAAAAGUAUGGACCGUUUGGGCAUGAGAAGGGUAAUCGUUUCAGUGCUACUGUGCCAGAAAAUACAUGUGUUGUGGGAUUCUUCGCCAGGACCGGGAAUGCUCUAGAUGCCAUUGGUAUUUACCAUGGCCCCAUUGUGGUUUGA